AUGGUACAGACUCACCACAGUGAUAGUUCCGUCCAAAAUGUGAACAUCAUCAUUGCGGCAAACUGCGACGACUUGGGGAAGCUAUUGGACCUGGAGCAGUUGAAACAGGCGCUGAGGAUGACACUCACUCCUGAAAAUGAGGGCCAAACUCCCGUUGAAAGGCAUAGUCUGGACGGCAAGGAUGAACCGGUCCACUCACCUCUCUCCUCGCCCGUUCCCUCGCCCGUUCCCUCUCCUGCUCCUUCGGCUCAGAUCGGACAUGAGCAGCAAGUUUGGCGAGAGAAAACGACCUUCAUGAUACGUACACGCAUCGACAGGAAGGACAGAAAGCUAAACAAAUCAGUUUCUUUGGUCCUCACUCUUACACCUGCCGGCUCUCAAGACGGGAAACCAUGGCAGGCCAUUAUCUGGAAGAUACUUCACUUCGAGAAGGCAAGCCGCGUUUCUCGAAAUGUGACCUGGUUUAACCGUUCUGGCUUCUGUAUGGUCAAAGAGGGAAGCGACGGCAGGAUUAAACCCGAGGAAUUGAUGAUCCCAGUGAAGGCAGGAAAUAUGGCCAUCUUACAAUCGCUAUCAAGCGCAGGCGGCUUGACGGGGGAAGAUGGUGAAACGGAAGCCGAUACGGACAGCCACACCCUCACCGAAGAACCGCUGCCACCGCUGUUCAACACCAACACUUUCGGUUUGUGCAAUAACACCAAGUCCGACGAACACUUUGCUUUAUGCUCGAUCGACCCCACAAAACCUGACGAAUUCUGUCCCGUCGUUGACCUUGGGCAUAUUGAACCCAAUAAGCAAGACCUUUUCGUUUGCGGACCUCCCAAAAUGCUUCAAGCUUAUAUCCUCUUACAGGCGGACUCUCAAGAACGCCAGCCAAUGAAGAUUACCAAGACAUCUUCGGCGCUAUUCACCGAGCCGGUAGACCUUAUGACUCUAGAAAAGGGGAAAUUCCUUCUUUACUCGACUCUAGGAGGCCAAAUUGUGCUCACAAAGGAAGGCUGA